UCGCGGCUGACCUCAGCGCUGGGGAGCGGCCGCCCAGCGGCUCACGCGGCUUGACCAAUAAAAGCGCAGCUGAGCGCGGCUCCGACUGUUCGAAGGCUCUGCUGCCGUCGCUUCUGCCUCGCCGCUCCCAACUUGAGUGACCUGAACGCCUCGUGGGGGCAGCUCGACCCAGCCGAAAGGAUUUGACUCGGGGGUCGGCUUGGCCGGCGAGCGGAGGGCAAAGAUGCUCUUUUGGCACUCGCAGCCGGAGCAUUACAACCAGCACUCGACGGGCAGCUACUUGCGUGAGGUGCUUGCACUGCCAUUCUUUAAACAAGAAGAGCCUCAACUUUCCCCUGAGAAUGAUGCAAAACUCCCUCCGUUUCAAUAUGUGCUCUGUGCAGCGACAUCUCCUGCUAUAAAGCUUCAUGAAGAGACUCUAACUUAUCUCAACCAAGGUCAGUCAUAUGAAAUCCGUCUACUUGAGAAUAGGAAAUUGGGAGAGUUUCAAGAUUUAAACACAAAAUAUAUAAAGAGCAUUAUUCGGGUAGUUUUUCAUGAUCGGCGUUUGCAAUAUACUGAGCACCAACAGCUAGAAGGCUGGAGAUGGAGUCGGCCUGGAGACCGCAUUCUUGACAUAGAUAUCCCACUGUCAGUUGGUAUCUUAGACCCCAGAGCAAGUCCUACCCAGCUGAAUACAGUUGAAUUUCUAUGGGAUCCAUCUAAGAGAGCAUCUGCAUUUGUUCAGGUGCACUGUAUUAGUACGGAAUUUACUCCAAGGAAACAUGGAGGGGAGAAAGGGGUACCAUUCCGAAUACAAAUGGAUACGUUUAAACAGAAUGAAAAUGGGGAGUAUACAGAACACUUGCAUUCUGCAAGCUGCCAGAUCAAAGUAUUUAAGCCUAAAGGAGCAGAUAGGAAACAGAAAACAGACAGAGAAAAAAUGGAGAAGAAAACCACUCAAGAAAGGGAGAAAUAUCAGCCUUCCUAUGAUACAACCAUUCUCACUGAGUGUUCCCCAUGGCCAGAUGUGCCUUAUCAAGUGAACAAUGCUCCAUCUCCAAAUUACAACAGCUCUCCAAACAGUUUCAGCCUCGGAGAAGGCAACAGUUCUCCAACUCAUCAGGUGGAGCUCCUGCCUUCCAACAAUGAUCAUCUCCUUCCCUCUGCUUCUAUUCAAGAUGCUCAGCAGUGGCUUCAUCGAAAUAGGUUUUCUCAGUUCUGUAGACUAUUUUCAAGUUUCUCAGGUGCCGACUUAUUGAAGAUGUCCAAAGAAGACUUCGUUCAGAUUUGUGGCCCAGCUGAUGGUAUUCGACUGUUUAAUGCCAUUAAAGGAAGGAAUGUAAGGCCUAAGAUGACCAUUUAUGUGUGUCAAGAACCUGAGCAAAAUCGGACUCAUCAUCAUCAAAAACGAGAGAAUGGAGAUGGUACUCUUUGUAUAUACCAUGCUAUCUUCUUAGAAGAGUUAACUACACUGGAAUUGAUGGAGAAGAUUGCAAACUUGUACAGUAUUUCCCCACAGCAGAUAAACCGGAUCUAUCGACAGGGACCUACAGGGAUCCAUGUAUUAGUGAGCAAUGAGCUGAAAGUAAUGAUGGUUACCAUAUUAUUCUGAAAUGACCCACUUCUCUGUAUAUUUGGUCUUGGAUCAGCUGCACAGCACGACGUCUCAUUCUCCUUCCUGCAACUCAGCCUGUAAAGAUAGAAAAUCCAUUGGAUAAAACACUCUUAUUAACCAAACGCCCUAACAAGAAAUUAAAAUGUGUAUUUGGGAGACCUGAGGACCACAUAAUGCCUUUGCUUUGUUCCUGAUCUAGUGAUAUUUUGAUUCAAGUGCCUUGUUCAGAAAGUAUUGAAAUAAGCAGAUGAAAUAAGCUGGUACAAUAAACCACCAGGUUUUGGAAUUCAUCUUGGAUGUGAAUUUGAAAUUAACUGGGCUUAUUCUAUUGUCUCCUCUCUUUCCAGACAGUUAGAGGAAAUUAAUUGUAGGUUUUUAUAACUGAUUUGUACUAAAACAGUAUUUUUUAAUACUGCUUUGGCAACUUGAAGAUAUGUGGGCUUCAGCUGUCAAAAUUCCCCAUAUCAUCAAAUUGCCAAAGUUCACAAACACUACUUCAGAGCAAAGGAAUUAUGUUCUAAGCUCAUCAUGAGAAAUAUUUUCUGCACUGUUCAUAUUAACAAAGGUUUCCUUUUUCCUUUUUCCCUGAUCUUUUAUACCUCCAGUUUCCAUUUUUAAACUUUUAAUUCAUUUCUUUUGUACGGGCUUCAGACUUCCAACUAAAACCAGGACAAAUAGGGUCAGAUCUCACUUGCAACUGAAUGAUGUCCCUCCUUGUAGCUAGCUUAUGUUAUAUCAUACAACGUGAUCAUCAUAAACUUCAGGUUUAUUGCAUAGAUGAAAGGGGCUGAUUCUUGAGUGGAAAAAUGGGAGAUUGCAAAUUUGACUUUCCCACCAUUAUAGCUAAGAGAACUACAAAACCCUCAUGGAACUGGGUGAAAUUUGACUUUGAAAGACAAUAAAAAUGGUUACAUGUGUACAUAGCCUGUUGUUAAAAAAAAACCUAGCCGUACUCAAGGCUGCACAUUAAGCUUUACUUUUAAGCCAGUGAUAUGUUCAAGAAUAAUGUAGUUUUUUUUUUGCAAAUGUAGUAAAAUGGUUCAAUUCACUGCAUAGGUAGAAAGCUAUAAGUAUAAUCAGGAAUAUCUGACUUUUGUGCCUUGGACUUAUAGCAAAACUCUUAUUUCUGUGGUUAGUCCAUAGCUCUGGUGGUGAUUCCAUCUCAAAACUUUAAAGAGACUGUUGUUGGAUUUGCCAGCAACUGUUUUUUUCAUGCUUUCUAAUGUGGAAGUGUAACCUACAGGAAUGUACAUGCUUUAUAUGUUAAAGUUCCUUCCACAAGUAGCGUGGACUUUCACAUCUCUAACCUUUAGUGUGAGGAGAAGCAGAUUUUUACCGUACAUUGCUCCCACUUCUCUUACAUAUUGCAUAGAGAUGCAUAGAAAUCACAUUAAACUGGAUAGACACAUGUCUAAUAUUAUAUGCUUUAUAUGCAUUUAAGACAGACCUUUGUGCCCUGAUCAAUUGAAUGGGGGAGGUGCGCAGAAGUACCUUUUGUACAAAAUUGCCUGUUGGAUUAGAAACAUACAUAAAGAAAGCUAAUGUACAUCUAUCUCCCACAUGAUUGUAUGAUAGGUCGUGGAUUUGCACACAAAGGUAGACAACACUGGUUGAGGUGGUAGAUUAUAUCCAGCUGCAUCAUGCAACAUUUGAUUGAUAUCUGUUGAGUGAGUACUCAUGGCCAGAAUCUUCAUAUGUGUAGAGUUAACUUCUUAGACCGGAAUCUUGAUUUAUAUAUAUAUAUAUAUAUAUAUUUGCCUUCAUCAAGCUCUUGAAAUAAAGCAAAAUAUUGGACUAUUAUGCUCCCCAAACAGUUCUGAUGGAAACAUAUCAUGGCACAAUACAGCUUUGGUUCAAAGUUGCCUUUAGCACAUUCUUAACUGUGUGUUGCAUUUCACAGAAGUAUAAAUUCUGUGCUCUUGAUAAUUGUCUUUUUUAACUUCCUGAAAUGAACAGCCUUCAUAGCAGGUUAUAGCUAUUCCCCCCAAAAAAAGAAUGGAGAAAGCUUGUUAUUUCAGAUUAAAAAGUGUAAACCAUUUGAGUCAGUAGCAACAUGUUUUUCUGCCUUAAGUCUUCAUGUUAAUUCUUGUAAUCCAAUAAGGAAGCUGAUUGAGGUUUAUAAAAUAGUGCUAAUCCUUGAAUGCUACAAAAUACCUCUAGACUAGAGGGGCCCAGUCUUUCUGAGCUGAGGACGUAUUUGGAAGACUGAAAGUCCUUCACCAAAUGAACAUGCUCCCAUUCACAAGUAAAUGCCUCUUGUGAUCAGUAUGCCCAGUUCUGUGUGGUCUGGAUGCACUUUACAGUGGAAAUAAAGAAACUGUUGGAAAUGGUUAAGCAGCAUGCCAACUUUCCAUUUAAAAUUUAAACCUGUAAACAAAGUUUGGGAUGGCAGGGUCCAAGGGAUAGGAUUUUGAGAAAUUACUGCCAGAAAAUUGUAUUAUCUUGCUGUAUCUACAGCUAUGAGACUUUACUUGUCUGUUUUCUUUUGUACUAACCCUGACAUCUGAGAUAAAAAUUUUGGGUAAUGAAAAUGUUUGGUGAUGAAAAGGAUAUUAGAUGUCACGAUACCUUUUAAUAGUGCUAGUCUCUCAGGAAAAACAGCUUUAAAUCAAUGCCUGAUUUUUAAAAAUGUAUGCUGAAUGUUUGCGCUUAUGCCCUUUGUUUUAUCCCUAUAUUUGGUCUUAUUGUGAAGCCUGGUUAAUCUUAAUCUUGCUAAAUGUUUGAUAUCUUCAGAUGAUUGGAUUAGGUUAUUUUUGUCUUUCAGAAGGGGUAUGGGAGUUUUCUUGUUUUUAAUGUGUAACACAAGGACAAUUUUAAUUGCGAUUUAAAUGAAGGGAGAAUGGAGGCCCAGAAUAAGACUUCUGAGUGAAAGUGUCAGAAUGUUUGUUUAUUGAUUUUUAAAAAAUACAUAUUUUGCACUGGCCAUUCUGCUGUUGUACAGAAUUUUUUUUUUUGCUGUCAUUCAACUUUAUGCUCUGGUAAAACUAUAAAUAAACUUGUUUGUAAAAAACAA